GCGAUCAAUGGGUGGGCUAUGACGACCUCUCGAGCGUCCGAGUGAAGAUGGACUUCAUUCGCGCCCAGGGCCUCGGCGGCGCCAUGACGUGGGCCAUCGAUCAGGACGAUUACAACGGCUGGUGCGGCCAAGGAGUUAAUCCACUGAUGUCGGAACUUUAUCUAGGAAUGAAAGACUACGCUGUGCCUUUCCCUUCCGGAAUAGACAGCCGGCAAAGUAUCGUUGGUGUUCCUGCUGUUAGCGGAAAUGUCAGCACCAUUGGUCGUACAUCGGUCUCACCCUUGCGAAACGGGAAUGGACAAAGUGAUCCUUCAACUCGCACGGGAAUCACGGUCUCUGCUGCGUUCGAUCCUCCAUCCUUCAACCUCCCCGGAGUCAGGACAACCACGGAGGCUGACCUGUUUGUAAGGAACCCGUUUUUCAGAGACCGCGACCUGGGCAUUAACCCCUUCUACACGAGCACUGAAAACCCGAGUGCCGCCCAGAACACCACGACCAGACUCUCUAUACCCGACCCGUUCCCGCAGGUCAAAGUUCUUGACGAUAACAUGAUACCCAACAGUAAUACCCCGGAGAAAACGGCCGAGAUACCCAACAGUGAAACCCCGGAGAGAACGGCCGUGACCACCGCACCGAGGACGAGGAACAUCCGAAGGGGAAACAGAAGACAAAGCAGAAAUAAGGUUAAUAGAAGAGGGGCGGUCAAUGUGACAGGCAAAAAUUGAUGUUGUGUGGGUAAUAUGGAAGGAGUUCGUAGUAUAAGGUUUAGCUCUAGUUUAAAAUGGUGUAGGUUUAGCUUUCUAUGUUGCAAGGAAGUAGGGUCUAUAUUUUAAGUUAACUAAUUUGUUAUGAUUUUGUAUCAUAUACUGAGAGAACGUGAUUUUGUUCUAGCUAUCACCAUCAAAUCAACUUGACAUUUUUUUAAAAAUUACUGCAAUAAGUAUAUGUUUGUAUUUGGAUAAGGAUUGCAAUUAUCACGAACAUUACUAGUUAUGUUCUAUGUGACAGAAGCCUCGAGAUUUUCCCCAUUGAUAAUCAGAUCGAUGCUCAGUUCAUCUUCCAGUUAGUGUGUUCCGUCCGUUCACUGGAAAAAGGCAGCUAUUUUGUAUGAAUCUUCCAAUAAAUAAUUACUUUUA